AUGCCUGUACAAGAGCUGCAACCACAUGGCGAUCCUAGCUCCGGACUGGACGCGUUUCAAGAGUGCGAUACUGUGGGAAUCAGCAGGAGUGCGUGCAAGUGGAAUUGCAUGGUUACAAGCAUUGCUGAGCUCCCGCGUCGAAUUAACGAGGCUUUCGAGAUUGCUACCAGUGGUCGUCCUGGCCCUGUUCUCAUUGACCUUCCUAAGGAUAUUACAGCUGGGAUUCUUCGAAAGGCUAUACCAACACAAACUUGCCUACCCUCUUUUCCAAGCAUCGCUUCUCAGGCUGCCAAACGACUAAUGGAGAAGCAACUUAAUACCUCCCUUGCUCAUGCUGCUGAGCUUAUCAAAGUAGCUAAGCAGCCUAUCAUUUACGCUGGCCAAGGCAUCAUCCAGUCUAAAGGCGGAACUGAGCUUCUUCGCGAGCUAGCUGAUAAGUGUUCUAUUCCUGUUACAACAACUCUCCAGGGCCUUGGUGCAUUUGAUGAGCGUGACGAGAAGUCAUUACACAUGUUGGGUAUGCAUGGCAUGGCAUAUGCCAAUAUGUCUAUGCAGGAGGCCGAUCUUAUUAUUGCUCUUGGUGCUCGCUUUUAUGACCGUGUUGUCCUCAAUGCUUCAAAAUUUGCUCCUAAUGCUAAACCUGCAGCAGCUAAGAAGCGAGGCGGUAUUAUUCAUUUUGACAUAUUGCCUAAGAACAUCAACAAGGUCAUUCAAGCAACUGAGGCUAUUGAGGGCGAUGUUGCCACUAACCUUAAGAUGCUUAUACCUAUGCUUACACCUAUAAGUAUGGAGCAACGAAGCGAAUGGUUUAACAAGAUAUCCGAAUGGAAGGCAAAGUGGCCUCUAUCCAACUAUGAGCACGCUGACUCUCCUGGAGGCAACGGUCUCAUUAAACCCCAGUCCGUAAUUGAGGAGCUGAGCGAUCUCACCUCUAAAAUUGAUAAGAAAACAAUCAUCUCGACUGGAGUGGGCCAGCAUGUGACAAAUGUGGGUAGCAAAGCACUACAUAUGUACACGUGGAGAGAGCCUCGAUCGUUUGUCACGAGCGGUGGACUAGGCACCAUGGGCUUUGGGCUGCCAAGUGCGAUUGGAAUUGCAGUAGCGAGACCAGACGCCCUCGUGAUCGACAUUAACGGCGAUGCGUCCUUUAACAUGACCCUAGCAGAGCUCUCCACCGCUGCUCAAUUUAACAUUGGCGUUAAGGUUAUUGUUCUGAAUAACGAGGAGCAAGGCAUGGUUACCCAACGGCAGAACCUGUUCUAUGAGGAUCGCUAUGCACAUACCCACCAGCGGAAUCCGGACUUUGUCAAGUUAGCCGACGCAAUGGGUGUGCAGACGAGGAAGGUGUCCAAGCCAGAGGACGUUCGGGCUAGCCUUGAGUGGAUCAUCAACACAGACGGUCCAGCUCUUCUCGAGGUUGUUACCGAUAAGAAGGUGCCUGUCCUGCCUAUGGUACCAGCAGGUGCUGGCCUCCACGAGUUCUUGGUUUAUGAUAGAGAAAAGGACAAGGCCCGGCGACAGCUAAUGCGCGAGCGAACCAGCGGUCUUUACGGCUCUUAG